CGCCGCCCCGCCCGCCGCUGUCUCCGCAGCAGCAGCGGCAGCAGCAGCGGCAGCAGCAGCAAUCCGCAGCGGCAUCACGGAGGCACUGGGUGUCGGGUCCGAGGCCGGCGUACCUAGAGGCUAGGCUGGCAACCUGAGCGGCUAAGCAGCUAUCGCUGUAAGCCAACUACUAGCCCCUUUCCCUCCAGCGGGAGGGUGAGUGGAAUCCGACCAGUUGUGCCGCACUGAGCCAUUGCCCUACCAGGAAGAUGGUCGUGGUGCUGCGGUAUGUGUGGCCUCUCCUCUUCUGCAGCCCCUGCCUGCUCAUACAGAUUCCUGACGAAUAUAAAGGACACCAUGUGAUGGAGCCACCUGUCAUCACAGAACAGUCUCCACGGCGCCUGGUUGUCUUCCCAACAGAUGACAUAAGCCUCAAAUGUGAGGCCAGAGGCAGACCCCAAGUGGAGUUCCGCUGGACGAAAGAUGGCAUCCACUUCAAACCCAAGGAAGAACUGGGUGUGGUGGUGCAUGAGGCACCCUAUUCUGGCUCAUUCACCAUCGAAGGAAACAACAGCUUUGCCCAGAGGUUUCAGGGCAUCUAUCGCUGCUAUGCCAGCAAUAAGCUAGGAACUGCCAUGUCCCAUGAGAUCCAGCUCGUGGCUGAGGGUGCCCCCAAGUGGCCGAAGGAGACUGUAAAACCUGUGGAAGUGGAGGAAGGGGAGUCAGUAGUUCUGCCUUGCAACCCUCCACCCAGUGCAGCCCCACUUAGGAUCUACUGGAUGAACAGCAAGAUUUUGCACAUCAAACAAGAUGAGCGGGUGUCCAUGGGCCAGAACGGAGACCUAUAUUUUGCCAAUGUGCUUACCUCAGACAAUCACUCAGACUACAUCUGCAAUGCCCACUUCCCUGGGACCCGGACCAUCAUUCAGAAGGAACCUAUUGACCUCCGGGUCAAGCCCACCAACAGCAUGAUUGACCGGAAGCCACGCCUGCUAUUCCCCACAAACUCCAGCAGCCACCUAGUAGCCUUGCAGGGGCAAUCAUUGAUCCUGGAGUGCAUUGCUGAGGGAUUCCCUACACCCACCAUCAAGUGGCUGCACCCUAGUGACCCUAUGCCAAUACAUCGUGUUAUCUACCAAAACCACAACAAGACCCUACAGCUACUCAAUGUGGGUGAGGAGGAUGAUGGCGAGUAUACCUGCCUUGCUGAGAACUCACUUGGCAGUGCACGACAUGCCUACUAUGUCACUGUGGAAGCUGCCCCAUACUGGCUGCAGAAGCCCCAGAGCCAUUUGUAUGGGCCAGGAGAGACUGCCCGCCUAGACUGCCAAGUCCAGGGCAGGCCCCAGCCAGAGGUCACCUGGAGUAUCAACGGAAUGUCUAUGGAGAAGGUGAACAAGGACCAGAAGUACCGGAUUGAGCAGGGGUCCCUGAUCCUGAGUAACGUGCAACCAAGUGACACAAUGGUGACCCAGUGUGAGGCCCGCAACCAGCACGGGCUCCUGCUAGCCAAUGCCUACAUCUAUGUUGUCCAGCUGCCAGCCAGGAUCCUCACGAAAGACAAUCAGACAUACAUGGCAGUUGAGGGCAGCACUGCUUACUUGUUGUGCAAGGCCUUUGGAGCCCCUGUCCCCAGUGUCCAAUGGCUGGAUGAGGAAGGAACCACAGUGCUUCAGGACGAACGGUUUUUCCCCUAUGCCAAUGGAACCCUGGGUAUCAGAGACCUCCAGGCCAAUGACACUGGACGCUAUUUCUGCCAGGCUGCCAAUGACCAGAACAAUGUGACCAUUUUAGCUAACCUUCAGGUUAAAGAAGCAACCCAGAUCACACAGGGGCCCAGGAGUGCAAUUGAGAAGAAAGGUGCAAGGGUGACGUUCACGUGUCAGGCCUCCUUUGACCCCUCUUUGCAGGCCAGCAUCACUUGGCGUGGAGAUGGGAGAGACCUCCAGGAACGUGGGGACAGUGACAAGUAUUUCAUAGAAGAUGGGCAACUGGUCAUCCAGAGCCUGGACUACAGUGACCAGGGAAACUAUAGCUGUGUGGUCAGCACCGAACUGGACGAGGUAGAGAGCAGGGCACAGCUCUUAGUGGUGGGGAGCCCUGGGCCAGUGCCUCACCUGGAGCUGUCUGAGCGCCACCUGCUGAAGCAGAGUCAGGUGCACUUGUCUUGGAGCCCUGCUGAAGACCACAACUCUCCCAUUGAGAAGUAUGACAUUGAAUUUGAGGACAAGGAAAUGGCUCCUGAGAAAUGGUACAGUCUGGGCAAAGUGCCAGGAAAUCAAACCUCUACCAUCCUCAAGCUGUCACCCUAUGUCCACUAUACCUUUCGGGUCACUGCCAUCAACAAAUACGGCCCCGGAGAACCCAGCCCUGUCUCUGAGACCGUGGUCACACCUGAAGCAGCCCCAGAGAAGAACCCUGUGGAUGUGAAAGGGGAAGGGAAUGAGACCAACAAUAUGGUCAUCACAUGGAAGCCCCUCUGGUGGAUGGAUUGGAAUGCUCCCCAGAUUCAGUACCGUGUGCAGUGGCGCCCACAGGGCAAGCAGGAGACCUGGAAGGAACAGACUGUGAGCGACCCCUUCCUGGUGGUGUCUAACACUUCCACCUUUGUGCCUUAUGAGAUCAAAGUCCAGGCAGUGAACAACCAGGGCAAGGGCCCUGAGCCCCAGGUCACCAUUGGCUACUCAGGGGAAGACUACCCCCAGGUGAGCCCUGAGCUGGAAGACAUCGCAAUCUUCAACUCAAGCACUGUACUGGUCAGGUGGAGGCCUGUGGACUUGGCCCAGGUUAAGGGCCACCUCAGGGGAUAUAAUGUAACAUACUGGUGGAAAGGCAGUCAAAGAAAGCACAGCAAGAGGCAUAUCCAUAAAAGCCAUAUGGUGGUACCUGCCAACACCACCAGUGCCAUCCUCAGUGGCUUGCGUCCUUACAGCUCUUACCAUGUGGAGGUGCAGGCCUUUAAUGGGCGGGGCUUGGGACCUGCAAGUGAAUGGACCUUCAGCACCCCAGAGGGAGUGCCCGGCCACCCUGAGGCAUUACACCUGGAGUGCCAGUCAGACACUAGCCUGCUACUGCACUGGCAGCCACCACUCAGCCACAAUGGAGUGCUCACUGGCUACCUGCUCUCUUAUCACCCCUUGGAUGGGGAAACCAAGGAGCAGUUGUUCUUCAACCUUUCGGACCCAGAGCUCCGGACUCAUAAUCUCACCAACCUUAACCCUGAUCUGCAGUACCGCUUCCAGCUUCAGGCCACCACCCAGCAGGGCCCUGGUGAGGCCAUUGUGCGUGAAGGAGGCACCAUGGCACUGUUUGGCAAGCCAGAUUUUGGCAACAUCUCAGCCACAGCAGGUGAAAACUACAGUGUGGUCUCCUGGGUCCCUCGGGAGGGCCAGUGCAAUUUCAAGUUCCACAUCUGGUUCAAAGCCUUGCCAGAAGGAAAAGUGAGCCCUGAUCGCCAACCUCAGCCUCAGUAUGUAAGCUACAAUCAGAGUUCCUACACACAGUGGGAUCUACAGCCUGACACCAAGUAUGAGAUACACCUGAUGAAGGAAAAGGUGGUCCUGCACCAUCUGGAUGUGAAGACUAAUGGCACUGGCCCCGUGCGAGUUUCUACUGCAGGUAGCUUUGCCUCUGAGGGCUGGUUCAUCGCUUUUGUCAGUGCUAUCAUUCUCUUGCUCCUCAUCCUGCUCAUCUUCUGCUUCAUCAAGCGCAGCAAGGGCGGCAAGUACUCAGUGAAAGACAAGGAGGACACUCAGGUGGAUUCUGAGGCACGGCCCAUGAAAGACGAGACCUUUGGCGAGUACAGGUCCCUGGAGAGUGACAACGAAGAGAAGGCCUUUGGCAGUAGCCAGCCAUCUCUCAAUGGAGACAUCAAACCCCUAGGCAGUGAUGACAGCCUGGCUGAUUAUGGGGGCAGUGUGGAUGUCCAGUUCAACGAGGAUGGUUCCUUCAUUGGCCAGUACAGUGGAAAGAAAGAGAAGGAGGCAGCAGGAGGCAAUGACAGCUCAGAGGCCACCUCUCCUAUCAACCCUGCAGUAUCCCUAGAAUAGUGAGGUCCAGCCAGGUGAGGCAGGCCAAGCUGGGCCUAGGGCCAGAGGUGCAGGAGAGCCCAGGGGCCAAGAUACCUGGCCAAUGUACCAUGCCACUGACCUGCUGACCUUGGGAUCAAGGCCCCUUCCUCUUUCUACAGCCCGUGGAAGACUUGACUGGAGCAGAGGAGAGGAACUGUGGCUUCAAGUCUCCUUAUCACCCACUACCCUCUUUAUUGCCAAAACCCAGCUGCACCCUUUCCUGGGCAUACGCUGCUUUGCCCCAGCUUGGGGCAGUUCACUCCCAUAUCAGGGAUCUUCAGGUGCUGCCUUGCCAACCCAUUUAGGCAGAGAGGCCACAGUUUGGGGAAGAGGACAAAAGCGUGUCCUCUGAAGCAUCUCUGAGAUGCUGUCCUUCUCACUCUCUGACUGGGAACAGGCAUGGUGGGGUCUCCUCAGGACUAGAUUGGCACCUCUUCUUUCUCCAGCCACUCCCUGGCUAGCCUGACUGGGGACAGAACUCUGUCUCCACCAUCUGCUCCCUUUUCUUUGCCAUUUUUGCUCCAAUCAGGAUAGGGACCUGGGUAAGCUGGCCACCUGCAUAGAAGAGGCCAUCUGGAAAGUGCAGAGUCCCUCCCACACCUUAGCACACUGGGUUUACAUCCUCCUCCCGUUGCUGUUCCACCUUUCAGGCCACACACACACACACACACACACACACACACACACACACACUCACACACACACUCACACACACUCACACACUCACAUUGCCUUCAGUACCCACCAGACAACAUAAAAGUGGCCUCUGUCACUGCCAGAGAUAGGCACACCUCUUCCUACUGGAACUGGCUGCCACCACCAUACCCCAGAACCCCUUUGCAGCCCUGCCUGCCCCCAGUUCUUGUCCUCAGCCCUUUCCCCUGUCCCCAACGUUGGGAAUGUAAAUACACCAUGACUUUGAAAGUUUGUGCCCUUGCCCUUUCCCCAUAUGCCGCUAGUGUGUAGGCAGAUGUCUGAGUCUCUAGGUGGUUUCUCUGUUUUAUAGCAGUUAGCUUUGAUGAUCCCACUCCAGGAAAAAUAAAAACAGACAAAAAAGGGGGAAAAAAGCAAAGAUUGGUUCUCCCAGCACUGCUGUGCUCCUGCCCAGCAGCUGUGGCCUCCCUGUAUGCCUUUGCUUGGUCUGUUGAUGAACCCUCUACAAAAAACAAAAGUAUAUAUAUAUAUGUACAUAAUAUCAGAAUUAUAGCAGGCAAAUAAAAACCUGGAAAUGAAGAAGCUCUUUCA